AUGUCAUCCCGAAGGCGGGAGGCAGGACAGGAUGUUAUGACCCACCAUCACGGAGACUCAACAGUUUCAAGGGAAACUGCUCCACCUACUGAAAUACCGUAUGUAUCAGAGUCGGAGAAUUCUCCGCUAGCAGACAGAGAUGAAACUGCAAGUGUUAAUGUGACUGAGGGGGUGUCGGACAUUGGUGAGAGGGACACGGCGCAGCCCGGUCCAAGUGAUGUGAACUUGUCUCAUGAACAGAGACUGAUGCAGAUGUUUUCUGAUAUGCACAAAAAGGAAAUGAAUAAGGUACUUUCGGUAGUGGAAGACCUGAAAAACCAAAUGUAUGGGUAUGAAGAGGCAGAAGAAUCGCCGAGCGCCCAUGAUUCUAUUUUUAGCUCGCUGGACACAGAUCAGCAUGAGAGCAAUGUACCCAGGUCACAGUGCGAUCCUCCACCUGCUAAGCGGCUAGCAUUAGGCGAUGUCGCAGUUACCUCCCUUCCACCUUCCAAUAUGGCAGCGGCCACAGUUGAUGGAAAUUCCCUGCUAUCGAAGCUGGCUUCUUCGUAUAAGCCUGUUGAUUGUAUCGGGGAGCCGGUUCAAAAGGAGAUGGCGGAUCUCGUGAAUGACAUGAUGUGCACAAAAUUGGAAGAAAAACAAAAACUGGCUAUUUUCGAUAAACAUUUACGCCCGGAAAACUGUGACAAACUAAUGGCCCCUAGAGUCAAUUCUGAAAUAUGGCGCAUCAUGGAGCCAGAGACACGGAACAAGGACAUUUCCCUCCAAAAAUCUCAAAACCUUUUGUGCAAGGGGAUUAUUCCUAUUGUGAAAGUAGUGGACUCACUCACUAAAGAAGCAGCCUCAAAUUUAGAUAUGGAGAAGAUUGUGUCUCAAUUGAUGGAUGGACUAGCCCUCUUCUCACUUGCCAAUUAUGACAUCAGUUUAAGACGGAGAGACUCUAUCAGAGGUGAAUUGCGACCUGAAUACAAGGCCUUAUGCACUAGUCAGACACCAGUAACAGGCUUGCUCUUCGGCGACAACCUCUCAGAGAAAAUCAAAGAACUCUCAGAUACCAGUAGGAUGGGCCUCAAGAUGACUUCUCACUUUAGGAAGGAUUUUCGCCCCAGUGCAAACUUUCCUCAGUCUCAACGAGGCAGGCCAUCCUUUAGAUUUCCUCGCAGGGGAGGUCGUUUUUUAGGCCGGCAGUCCCAAAGUUUUUCUGGCCGGCGUCCCCAAAGGCAGUACCAUCUACCACGUCAUCAACCUCAGGGGCAGAACCAAAGGAAAGAGAGGAGGGGAACUUAUUAGCAGUAGAUCCGGUACGUGAGUGCACUAGCCUGUGUGAUUUGACCAGAAAGAGUGAGAUUUCUUCUGAUAUUGAUAUACUCAAUGUUGCUGGACGAUUAUCUCAGUUUAUUCAUGAAUGGAGGAAACUCACUUCUGACAAACACAUUUUACAAACUGUCUUAGGAUAUAAGAUAGAUUUUGUUGAGCAUCCUACUCAGUGUCAGGUGCGUGAAACUAAGUUAAACAUGAAAGAAAGUACGGUUUUGGAUAGUUAGAUACAACUCAUGUUAGACAAGGGGUAUUAGAAAUUGCUCCUGCAGACUCCAGGGGUUACAUAAGUACAGUGUUUCUUGUCCCCAAACCCAAUGGUGCAUACCGAGUCAUCCUAAAUCUCAAGGGCUUAAACAGUGCUAUUGAAAAAUGU